AGUAUAUCUAUAUAUUUGCUACAUUUGGAUGCAACAGAGUGUUGGGUUUGGACUUUGACACUGUAAACUGAUAAAGUCUUGAACUUUGGCUUCUGGGUUUAUGUGGGUUCUGUUUAAACUGGAUUGCAGAUGCAUGUUAAUGAAACUAGCAUCAAAGUUUAUGCGACCCAAUAAAAGAGUGGCAAUUUCUUGAAUAAAGGUGGUUCCUUUUCUUAUUGCUGUGGGAAACAAGUGGUGAGAUUGAGAGAGAACAAAGCUGUGUCGAAUUGGAAGUGAUUGUGUGUUAUACCAGUGAUGGGAUUGAAGCCAAUAGACUGGUAUUGCCAACCAGAAGCUAAUGGGGUAUGGGCCAAAGCAGGGAGUGCUUUUGGCUCAUACACUCCUUGUGCAAUGGACUCUAUGGUCAUCUGCAUUUCUCAUUUGGUUCUUUUCGGAUUGUGCUGCUAUCGAAUGUGGAUGAUUAAGAAGAAUUUGAAAGCUCGGAGGUUCAGGUUGAGGUCAAAUUUCUAUAACUACUUGUUGGGAUUGUUGGCUGGUUACUCCACUGCUGAGCCUCUCCUGAGGCUGGUGAUGGGUUUAUCACUCUUUAACCCGUUUGGAAAAACUGGCUUUGCUCCUUUUGAGAUGACUUCUUCGUUCAUUGAAGCUCUUGCUUGGUGCUCUAUGCUUAUUUUGAUUGGCUUGGAAACUAAGAUAUACAUUCGAGAAUUCCGAUGGUACGUAAGGUUUGGAGUCCUUUAUGUGUUGGUAGGAGAUGCUGUGGUGAUAAAUCUUAUUCUUGGAGUAACAGAUUCCUACAGCAGGGCUGCUCUGUAUCUGUACAUAAGUACCGUCUGUUGCCAGGUGUUGUUUGGAAUUCUUCUUCUCUUCUAUGUUCCUAAUUUGGAUCCUUAUCCUGGCUACGUUGUGCUGCAAUCGGAGUCACUUGACAAUGCUGAAUAUGAAGCACUACCAGGAGAAGAUCAAAUUUGCCCUGAACAGCAUGUUAAUAUAUUUUCCAGAAUAUAUUUUGGAUGGAUGACUCCGCUCAUGCAACUAGGUUACAAAAAACCCAUAACUGAAACAGAUGUUUGGAAGUUGGACACAUGGGAUCGGACUGAGACAUUGAUUAAAAGGUUUCAGGAAUGUUGGGUUGAAGAAUCUAAAAGGUCCAAGCCAUGGCUUCUGAGGGCACUGAAUUGUAGUCUUGGACGACGGUUCUGGUUGGGAGGCUUUUUUAAGAUUGGCAAUGAUCUCUCUCAGUUUUCGGGUCCCAUUCUUUUAAGUCAUCUCUUGCAGUCAAUGCAACGAGGUGAUCCAGCUUGGAUUGGUUACAUUUAUGCCUUCUUAAUUUUCCUUGGUGUGUCACUAGGUGUGCUCGCUGAAUCUCAGUAUUUCCAGAAUGUUAUGCGGGUCGGCUUUCGGUUGAGAUCAACUUUGGUAGCUGCUAUAUUCCGUAAAUCUAUAAGAAUAACACAUGAGGGUCGCAAGAAUUUUCCAACUGGGAAGAUUACAAAUAUGAUGUCUACAGAUGCUAAUGCACUCCAGCAAAUAUGUCAACAACUUCACGGACUAUGGUCUGCUCCUUUCCGCAUCACGGUAGCUAUGGUUCUUCUCUACCAACAAUUAGGUGUUGCAUCACUUAUUGGAUCUUUGAUGCUAGUUCUCAUGAUCCCCAUACAGACAACUAUCAUCAGUAAAAUGCGGAAGCUGACAAAGGAUGGACUGCAACAGACUGACAAGAGGGUUGGCCUCAUGAAUGAAAUUUUAGCUGCCAUGGACACUGUGAAAUGUUAUGCCUGGGAGACAAGUUUCCAGCAGAGAGUUCAAACUAUACGGAAUGAUGAGCUGUCAAGGUUCCGUAAAGCACAAUUGCUAUCUGCUUUGAACAGUUUUAUUCUCAACAGCAUCCCGGUUGUUGUGACAGUAACUUCAUUUGGGGUGUUCACUUUCCUUGGAGGCGAAUUGACACCUGCCAGGGCAUUCACAUCACUCUCUCUAUUUGCAGUGCUACGCUUUCCUUUAAAUAUGCUCCCCAACUUAUUAAGUCAGGUUGUAAAUGCAAAUGUAUCCUUGCAGCGUUUGGAAGAACUAUUUUUAACUGAGGAGAGAGUUCUAGUGCCCAACCCACCACUGGAACUAGGGCUUCCAGCCAUCUCAAUUCAGGACGGGCACUUUUCAUGGGAUCCAAAGGCAGAUAAACCCACGUUAUCAAACAUCAACUUAGAUAUAACAGUUGGCAGCUUAGUUGCAGUUGUUGGCGGCACUGGAGAAGGAAAGACAUCACUUAUAUCAGCCAUGCUUGGGGAGCUGCCUCCUAUUGCAGAUUCCAGUGUCGUAAUCAGGGGGACUGUUGCUUAUGUUCCCCAAGUUUCAUGGAUUUUCAAUGCUACUGUGCGUGAAAACAUUUUAUUUGGAUCAGAAUUUGAAGCUGCACGGUAUUGGAAGGCUAUUGAUGUAACUGAGUUCCGUCAUGACCUGGACUUACUUCCAGGUCGAGAUCUUACAGAGAUAGGUGAAAGGGGGGUCAAUAUUAGUGGAGGUCAAAAGCAAAGGGUUUCAAUGGCUAGAGCUGUAUAUUCUAAUUCAGAUGUGUACAUAUUUGAUGACCCUUUAAGUGCUCUAGAUGCUCAUGUUGCUAGAGAGGUUUUUAACCAUUGUAUCAAGGAAGAGUUGCAGGGGAAAACUAGGGUGCUUGUCACAAAUCAGCUACACUUUCUGCCUCAAGUGGAUGAAAUUAUAUUAGUCUCUGAUGGUACGAUUAAAGAGAAAGGGUCCUUUAAGGAUCUCUCUGAAAACAGUUUGCUGUUCCAAAAGCUAAUGGAAAAUGCCGGGAAAAUGGAAGAACAUGUAGAAGAAAAGGAAGACAGCAAAAAUGAUUACCAGGAAACCCCACUUCCUGUGUCUAACGGUAACGGGGUGGUGAAUGACUUGCCAAAAGAUGCAAGCUACGCCAAGAAAGGGAAAGGGACGAGAUCUGUACUGAUUAAACAAGAGGAACGGGAAACAGGUGUUGUAAGUUGGAAAAUUUUGCAGAGGUAUAAAAACGCAUUAGGAGGCCUAUGGGUGGUCAUGGUGCUAUUUACAUGUUAUACACUAACAGAAGUUCUUCGAGUUUCAAGCAGCACGUGGUUAAGUUUUUGGACGGACCAAAGCACGUCAAAGAGUUAUGCACCUGGGUUCUACAUUCUUAUAUAUGCAAUUCUAUCAAUUGGUCAGGUUACGGUGACUCUGACGAACUCCUUUUGGCUAAUCACUUCAAGUCUUCGUGCAGCCAGAAAACUGCAUGAUGCCCUGCUACAGGCUAUACUUAAAGCUCCAAUGGUGUUCUUUCACACUAACCCAACUGGAAGGAUAAUCAAUAGGUUCGCAAAGGAUCUCGGUGAUAUAGAUCGCACAGUUGCCCAAUUUAUGAACAUGUUUCUGGGUCAAGUGUGGCAGCUCAUUUCAACAUUUGUGCUCAUAGGAAUUGUGAGCACAAUAUCCCUCUGGGCCAUAAUGCCACUUCUAAUUUUGUUCUAUGCAGCCUAUCUAUUCUAUCAGAGCACAUCACGUGAAGUGAAAAGGUUGGAUUCUAUUACGAGAUCUCCUGUUUAUGCGCAAUUUGGAGAAGCAUUAAAUGGUUUGUCAUCAAUUCGUGCCUAUAAAGCCUAUGACCGGAUGGCGAACAUCAGUGGAAGGUCUAUGGAUAAUAACAUCAGAUUCACCCUUGUGAAUAUUAGUUCAAAUCGCUGGCUUACAAUAAGGUUGGAAACACUAGGAGGUAUUAUGAUAUGGGUGAUUGCAACCUUUGCUGUCAUGCAAAAUGGGAGAGCAGAAAACCAAGUACAAUUUGCAUCGACAAUGGGUUUACUUCUUACUUAUACUUUGAAUAUCACAAGUCUGUUGAGUGGUGUUCUUAGACAAGCAAGCAGAGCUGAAAAUAGUUUAAAUGCUGUUGAGCGGGUUGGAACAUAUAUAGAAUUGCCUUCUGAGGCUCCAGCUGUAAUUGAAAGCAACCGUCCUCCACAUGGAUGGCCAUCAUCAGGAUCAAUCAAGUUUGAGGAUGUUGUCCUCCGCUAUAGGCCUGGACUUCCACCAGUACUGCAUGGAUUAUCAUUUAAGGUUUCUGCUAGUGAGAAACUAGGAAUAGUUGGAAGAACUGGUGCGGGAAAAUCUAGCAUGAUUAAUGCAUUGUUUCGGAUAGUAGAAAUAGAAAAAGGAAGCAUCUUGAUUGAUGGUUGUGAUGUUGGUAAGUUUGGACUGGCAGACUUGCGAAAAGUUCUUAGCAUCAUACCUCAAUCACCGGUUCUUUUUUCGGGAACUGUACGGUUUAAUCUCGAUCCUUUCAGUGAGCAUAAUGAUGCUGAUCUCUGGGAGGCCCUGGAAAGGGCACAUCUAAAGGAAGUUAUCAGAAGGAAUUCCUUCGGUCUCGAUGCUCAAGUUUCCGAGGGUGGUGAGAAUUUCAGUGUUGGACAGAGGCAGCUAAUAAGUCUUGCUAGAGCAUUGCUACGAAGAUCAAAGAUUCUUGUCCUUGAUGAAGCAACUGCAGCUGUGGAUGUGAGAACUGAUGCUCUCAUCCAAAAAACCAUACGUGAAGAAUUUAAAUCAUGCACCAUGCUCAUUAUUGCUCACAGAUUGAACACCAUUAUUGACUGUGAUCGAAUUCUUGUUCUUGAUGCUGGUCAGGUCCUAGAACAUGGUUCCCCACAAGAACUACUGCUAAAUGAAGUUAGCUCAUUCUCUAAGAUGGUCAGGAGCACAGGACCUUCGAAUGCUGAGUACUUACGCAGCCUUGUAUUCGGAGGCAAGCAGGAUAAGGUAAAUGGAGAGCAAACCGAGCAACUGGUAGGCCAGAGCCAGAGGAGAUGGCUAGCCUCUUCACGCUGGGCUGCUGCCGCCCAAUUUGCCUUGGCUGUCAGUCUCACGUCUUCACAGAACGAUCUCCAAAGGCUGGAUAUUGGAGACGAGGAUGAUAUCCUCAUGAAAACAAAGGAAGCAGUUAUAACACUACAAGGAGUUUUGGAAGGAAAGCAUGAUGAAGAUAUAAACGUAUCACUAACUCAGCACCAUAUUCCAAGAGAGGGGUGGUGGUCAGCUUUCUUCAGAAUAGUUGAAGGUUUGGCUGUGAUGGGCAGACUGGCUCAGAACAGACUUCACCCUUUAGAAGAUGACGAUUUUGAAGGCCAUAUGUAGGUUGGAGAUUGAUACGACCACACUGUUCAGACUUCAUACUAGCAAUGCCCUCUCAAAUAAAGACUAUGGAUUCAAGAUGUUGUGUUGUAUAGAUUGUAAGUAUUGGGAAUCUGGAUGAUAUUCAAACUGCAACAAGCAUAAGAGAGUUGCAUCUACAUUCUACAUAGAAACGAAAAAGACCAUUAUAUAGGUAGAAA